GGCAGGGCAAGUUGGGUGUUGGAGAAUAAUGCAUGUGAGGCAUACAGAGGUCUAGGCCAUCUUGCCUCUCUCCAACUGUCUUUGACCUCCUCGAAGAAUGGGAGAGUGCUGAGGGUCAAGAGGAGGGAGCAAGAAGCUGUAACUGGAGAACUCAGGAGUGCUGCCUGAGGAAGUGUGGGAUGAGGAUUCCCCAAAGACCGAGAAGGGAAUGGAAUUUCGAUUUGGAAGAAUAGAAGGGCUUGAACAAAGGCAGGGAGACAGUGCCCUUCAUCCUGACCAACCUUCUCCUCGCCUUCUGGACUGGAACUCGGGAAUCAAGACUCAGUUUUUACUGGGUUCCGCUUUACAGGAAGGUUGGGGGUUGGAGCGGAAGUGUAUGCAAAUUGAAGUCCACAGUUGUUCCGGAAUGGUAGGCGUCGGCGGACGUGGAGGUGGUGGAAGUGGUGGAGGUGGCGGUGGCGGCGGUGGUGGCCUUCUAGAGAACGCGAACCCGCUCAUCUACGAGCGUUCCGUGGAGCGGCCUGUGACAGCGGGCGAGGAAGACGAGCAGGUUGCAGACAGCAUCGACGCACGCGAGAUCUUCGAUCUUAUUCGCUCCAUCAAUGACCCGGAGCAUCCACUGACGUUAGAGGAAUUGAAUGUAGUAGAGCAAGUUAGGGUUCAGGUUAGUGACCCAGACAGCACAGUGGCUGUGGCCUUUACACCCACCAUUCCACACUGCAGCAUGGCUACUCUUAUUGGCCUAUCCAUCAAAGUCAAGCUUCUGCGCUCCCUUCCCCAGCGUUUCAAGAUGGAUGUGCACAUUACACCAGGGACCCAUGCCUCGGAGCAUGCGGUGAACAAACAGCUUGCAGAUAAAGAGCGAGUGGCAGCUGCCUUGGAGAACACCCACCUGCUGGAGGUUGUGAAUCAGUGCCUGUCAGCCCGCUCCUGAGCCUGGAUUUGACCUUCAUCAUGCACCAGUGUCCUAACCUCACCUUCACCCGGGACUCAUGGCUUUGUUUUCUUAAAUCACUGAUAAUGAGGAACUAACAUUUUGCUUUUUUUGUAAUAAACCCUUAAUUUAUAUUCAUUUCCUGGUAUGUCGUAGCAUCUUUCAUCUGGCAAAGGAUAGUGGUAGUGGUAUACAGGAUUGAUUGGUAUGUUGUA